AGUGCGAAUUUGUAUUACCUACAGUUAACACAAUAUGGCGUUCUUCGUUAAUAAAGUUGUGAUUGUAACCGGCGCGAGUUCCGGUAUUGGUGCGGCGACAGCAGUGCGCUUUGCUCAAGAAGGCGCCAACGUUGCCUUAGUGGGAAGAAAUCAGGAAAGAUUGUCUAAAGUAGCUGAAGACUGCGCUAAAUUCGGAAGAAACCCUCUCGUUAUCAAAGCCGACGUGUCCAAAGACGAUGAAGCACGAAGCAUCGUUGCCAAAACAGUUGAAGUCUUUGGCAAGCUUGACAUUUUGGUGAACAAUGCCGGUAUUUUUAAACAUGAUAACAUCCAAAACCCAGACUUCAUGGAAAUAUUCGACUCUAUAAUGGCCACUAACAUGAGAGCCGUUGCCUUCCUCACUAACUUGGCUGCGCCUUACCUCAUAGAGAGCAAAGGUAACAUUGUCAAUGUGUCAAGUAUUUCUGGCAGAUAUAUUGGGAAUCCUUACAAAAUCUCUUACAAGACUUCGAAAGCCGCUUUAAAUCAUUUCACGAGAUGUAUCGCUUUGGAGUUGGCUCCUCAUGGCGUCCGAGUGAACAGUGUCAGCCCUGGGCCAGUUGACACCGAGAUAUUCAACACACCUGGUCUACUUAUUAAUUUGGCUUCGCUUAAGGACGCUACUGCUUUGGGCCGUGUUGGGGAAUCCGAAGAAAUUGCAGAUUUAAUUAUUUUUAUUGCAAGUGAUAAAGCAAAGAGCAUCACUGGGUCUGACUAUGUCUCAGAUAACGGUUUAAUCCUUAAAUAAUAAUGUGGUUCAGACAUGUUUCUUUAAAUUUUAACGUUCUUUUAUGCACUUACUUUUGAAUUGCUAUUAUCUGUAUUAGCAAUGUUAAAUUUUAUCCAAAAUUUUUCGUCUGUUAAAAUUUAUAUUCGUUUUAUAAUCAAUAAAUAUUGUUUGAACAGCAGU